CUGACGGGUCACAUUAGCAAAAGGGGCCGGUCUGGGUGGACGCACGGAGCUCCCGUUCCGACGACUUUUUUUUCCGUCGGGCUUUUCAUGUUCUUUGACGUUUAGUUGACGAUCCAACGCAACAGUUAAGCUGCGUAGAGGAAUGCAAAGGCUUUCGUUGAAAACCAGAUCAAACAAAAGCUAAAGGCUGUCGAUCGUUCCGUUUGGAGGGCGAGCUUUUGCGAUCUUGACAGCGGGGGAGCUCGGCUUGGACGACGUAGAAGCGGCCAAGGUGCGCUGGAGUGUGCAGUGGACAUGUAAAGCCGAGAGUUGUGGGAUAUUCUAAGAAACUCAUUGCCUACUUGCCUUCAAUGUUUGGAACAGUUGCCGCCAUGGAUGCCACUUGGAGGAACUGUUUCGAGGAGGAGCUCCUCUGUCCCAUCUGCCUGAAUGUGUUUGAGGAGCCAAUCCAGCUGCCCUGUAGGCACAACUUCUGCAAAGGUUGCAUCUCAGAGGCCUGGGCCAAAGACAACGGCGCGGGGGUUCGCUGCCCCGAGUGUAACCAUGAGUACGAGCAGAAGCCGUUACUGGAGAAGAACUUCAAGUUGGCCAACAUCGUCAAGAGAUUUAACGUGUUUGACUCAGAGAAGUCUCCGAUGGCACUGCACUGCGUCCUGUGCAGACGAGGCCCACCGCUGCCCGUCAGGAAAGUGUGCCUGCGCUGUAAAGAGCCCUGCUGCCAGAUACACGUACAUACGCACCUGCAGCAACCGUGCGUGGCGCCGGGGCACCUGCUGGUGGAUGCCGAGGAGCUGAGUGCCUGGACGUGUCCCAGCCAUGAUGAGUAUAGGCUGCUCCACUGCGAGGAUGAGCAGCUGGCUCUUUGUCCCUUCUGCUGCAUCUCCCAUUGCAGCGCACAAAGACACACGGUCUGCGACGUGGACACACAACGCAUGCACAUGCAGGCCGCACUAAUGAGGCAACAAGACAGACUGGAAAGUCGUGUUCAGAACAUCGAUGAGCACAUUACCAAGCUGGAGUCCGACAAGACGCUGAUGAAGGAUGCCCUUUCAGACAUGAAGGAGCGAGUUAGGGACCAGUACCAGAGGAUGCAAAGCAUGCUGGAAGCCAAACAGUGCGAAAGUAUGCAGAUUCUGGAGAGAGCAUAUAGCUCAUACCGGAGGAAAAACUCCCAGCAGGUUUUGCAACUUAACGAGCGGCGGCAGCAAGCGGAAAAACUCCUGAGCUCAGUACAAGCCUUCUUUCAUCGAGCCGACAACAUUAACUUCAUGAAGAACACGAAACCUUACCAACUACUAAUUGACAGGUCCAAUUUGCAGCUCAGUAGUUCUGUCCCUCCACUCUCAGUGGGCCAAAUCAGCGCUCAUCAUUUCUUAUCGGGCCUCUCAAGACAGGAGAAGAAUCUGCGCAAAAUCCUGGAAGAACCUGUCAAUGAGGUGUCUAUCACUGAGGUAGUCCAGACACACUCGAGCGCUGUGGACACUCGCUCAGGACUCAACAAGAGGAAAUACGGCAUGGCUUUUCUGGAGACUACGGCCGAAAACUCGGCAUCCCAGCAUCCCCCGCCUUUGCUCUACGCCACCAAAAUGCCUCUUCUGACUGAACCCAGCCAACGUGACUCCAACAUGUUCUCCUCUGACACUUUGGGUCAGAAUGCACACUCUGGUCAAGGCCACAGUCGCUUCCUGGACACCUCCGACCAUAAUGUUGUAGGCCAACACGCGGAGGCCAUUUUCUCGCCGCACCUCCGCAGCGGGGGCGCGUCCCAACAGGCUGUCUACGAAGGGAGGAAGGUCCUGAUGUGCUCCAGGCCUGGAGCCGCUCGAGCCAUUUACCCGACGCACGACUCAUUCGCCCCCAUCAAUUCUCAGGAGUUUGGCCCUAUGACUGGCAGCCAGCCCUUGCAGCAUUUACCCAUGAGGGGACUGAUGGAAGCCUCCCAGGCAUCCAGGCGCUCUGACUAUUUUGGCUUGUACAGUCAAUCUUCAACCAAGCAUUAUGGGACCAAGUAACAAUAUGGCAGAAUCAACAGCGGCUUCACUUUGUGGAUUCUGAAUAUAUUCAGAGGGCGAUUCAUUAGGAACACCUGCAAAACCUAUUGAGAUCCAAUACACGAGCUGGUCCAACAAUUCGGCUUUUACAAUGGUGAUCAUGAAGACUAAUGAACAAUUUAAUAUUUUAUAAUAAUUAACAAUAAUAAUUCAUCCAUCUGGGUGGCCCGUUAGUCCAGUGGUUAGCACGUCGGCUUCACAGUGCAGAGGUACCGGGUUCGAUUCCAGCUCCGGCCUCCCUGUGUGGAGUUUGCAUGUUCUCCCCGGGCCUGUGUGGGUUUUCCCCGGGUGCUCCGGUUUCCUCCCACAUUCCAAAAACAUGCGUGGCAGGCUGAUUGAACACUCUAAAUUGUCCCUAGGUGUGAGUGUGAGUGUGGAUGGUUGUUCGUCUCUGCGUGCCCUGUGAAUGGCUGGCAACCCAUUCAGGGUGUCCCCCGCCUACUGCCCGGAGACAGCUGGGAUAGGCUCCAGCACCCCCCGCGACCCUAGUGAGGAUCAAGCGGUUUAGAAGAUGAAUGAAUGAAUUUAUCCAUCCAUUUUCCAAUCCGCUGAUCCUCACAAGGGUGGCGGGGGGUGCUGGAGGCUAUCCCAGCCGUCUUAGGGCAGUAGGCGGGGACACCCUGAACCGUCUGGAGGUAUGAAUGUGCACAAUUAUCUAUACCUGCAUAUGCUCUACGAUUGGCUUGUGACCUCUUUUCACGCAAUCUGCUGGGAUAGGCACCAGCUCACCCACGACCCGAAUCAUGACAAACCAAAAAUGGCUCAACAGCACGGACUGUUUUGGAUACAGCUCUUGCAUUGGAUAUAAUUGUCCAAGUGUGGCUAAUCGUGUCCCGUUAGUCGUUAACAUGAUGAUAUAAAUUAAUGUAAGAUUGGCACUUUCAUGUUGAAGUAAUACUAUUUUCCUUAUUACGUUUUCAAAAUCUGUUUGAUUCCCUUCUACAGCGUUGUUUUCCUUUAUAGUCAAGUCAUCUUGACAUCAUAACAAGGAUAACACCGUUUAUUUCCAAAUCAAUGCAAUCGGUCAUGUGUAUGUCAAAUGAAAUAUAUUAAAAUAAUAUUAACAAUUUAAUAAAAUCUUAACUCCACAGUGACCGUACCAGACAGCAGUGCCUAAAAAAGACUUACCGGUAAAUAGAAUGCUCUUAUUUUGAUGCGUCACUUCCUGUUAGCUGCCGAACGCAUGCAACAGAGCUCUUAUGCACUCCAAAGUCGAUGUGACUUUGAACUAACACUGGAACACGAUGCUUGGGAGCAUUUUAAUAUAUUUGUAAAGGUUUUAAGAAACCAGAAUCAGUGGAAAUGCGAAAUAAACGUUUCAGUGAGAUGGA